AUCAGAGAGAAAGAAGAGGAGGAGACUGCAGGAGGGACAAAAAGGUCAGCAUCUUGCCUAUUGAGUUACAUUACAGUUAGCGCUGUUGGACAAACAGAACACAAAAAGCUGUGUUGCCAGGGUUACUUUGACUGCAUCAUUUAUAGUAUCGGUAUUUAAUUUAUAUUGCAAAAGGUUGGAAGAGAAAAAUAGGCAUCAUGACACAGCAGGUCAGUGCCUUACCAGUCCUCAAGCCCUUCUUUCUGAAGACGACUGGCAGAGUGGUUAACCCUCUGCGACAGCGACGACACACACUCCCUGCUAGCGAGUUUAGAAACCUCACGCCACAGGACGCAAUCAGUGUGUUUGAGAUUGAAAGAGAAGCAUUUGUCUCUGUGUCUGGAGAGUGUCCACUUACCCUGAAAGAAGUGCUUAACUUCCUGGGUCAAUGCCCUGAGCUGUCGCUGGGUUGGUUUGAGGAGGGACAGCUGGUAGCUUUCAUUAUUGGCUCUGGCUGGGACAAGGAGAGGCUUUCACAGGAGGCAAUGACUCAGCAUAUCCCAGACAACUCCACUGUGCACAUCCAUGUUCUGUCAGUGCACCGUCACUGUCGGCAGCAAGGCAAGGGCUCCAUCCUCUUGUGGCGCUAUUUGCAGUACCUGCGCUGUGUGCUGGGCUUUCACCGAGCUCUGCUGAUUUGCGAGGACUUCCUGGUGCCCUUCUACCUCAAGGCCGGCUUUAAGGAGAAAGGACCAUCAGCCAUCUCCAUACCCAACAUGCAAUUCCAAGAGAUGGAGUACAUGCUCGAUGGGCAGGUGUACGCACGGCGGAACAGUGGCUGCUAGUCCAUGAGCCCCUGCCCUAUUCUACUCCACUUACUCACCUCUAACAUGGACUCAGGGCAGAUAAUGUAAGAUUAAAGGUCCCAUGACAUGGUGCUCUUUGGAUGCUUUUAUAAGGUGGAGAGUGGGGGUGUGGCCUUGACCAACU